CACAUGACAAUUCACUCUCUUCAGUCGCAUGCAUGGUGAAGCCAUUAAUGGCGUCCGCUAAUGCUGCAACCAUGAGCGAUCAGUGUUUCAGGUACAAAGGAGUGAGAAAGCGAAAAUGGGGGAAAUGGGUAUCUGAAAUCAGACUUCCCAACAGCCGACAACGCAUUUGGCUGGGAUCUUACGAUUCUGCAGAGAAGGCUGCUCGGGCCUUCGAUGCUGCACUCUUAUGUCUUCGUGGUGGUCGUGCCAAUUUCAACUUCCCUGACACUCCUUUCCUCUUUCAUCUUCCUGAUGAUCACCGAUCUCUCACCCCUCACCAGAUUCAGCUUCUUGCUUCUUCCUUCGCCAAACAGCUGCCCCACGAGUCGCCGGCGGAGCCACCCCAUGAAGAACCUUUGUCUGCAGAAUUUCAGUCGAGUCCUGUAUCGGUGUCGGGGACAGGUUCUAGUACCUGUACUUCUUCGUCUAGUUCCUGUACGCAAGUAGAAGUGGACCAUGGUGAUGCCAGGACCAUAGAUUGGUCGUUUUUGAAUUCGCUGGACUCUAAUGGCCUUGGUGCCACCGACGACUGUGGACUCUAUUCUGAGUUGGAUUACUUCCAGCUUGGUGAGUCGUCCGAUUUAUAUCUCAUGCCCCCAGCCGUGCCUUUCGACUACAAUGCCCAGGAAAAUCAAUACGAGGAUGCUUAUUCUCACCAUUCAUUCCUUUGGAACUUCGGAUACGAGUGUUCGUAGCUUGCUUUGCACACACAAAACGCAUAUAUCUCCCUUAUGAACAAUACAUAUAUAUACACACACACACACACACUUUGCUGAGGUGGCUGAAACUCUUAAAUCAGAGUUUAUGCAAUGCAGAAAAAAUAUUUCUAGUCAGUAUAUAUUAUCGUGUAUAUUAGUGCAAUGGUAGCGUCUCUAUUAUAUUUAUAGAUAUAUAGACGUUGCUCCGUAAUAAGAAGUUAGUGUUGAUUGUGUUCA